GAGGCACUUGGAAGAAUGACUCUGGAGUCCAUCAUGGCGUGCUGCCUGAGCGAGGAGGCCAAGGAAGCCCGGCGGAUCAACGACGAGAUCGAGCGGCAGCUCCGCAGGGACAAGCGGGACGCCCGCCGGGAGCUCAAGCUGCUGCUGCUCGGGACUGGAGAGAGUGGCAAGAGCACGUUCAUCAAGCAGAUGAGAAUCAUCCACGGGUCAGGAUACUCUGAUGAAGACAAAAGGGGCUUCACCAAGCUGGUGUAUCAGAACAUCUUCACGGCCAUGCAGGCCAUGAUCAGAGCCAUGGACACGCUCAAGAUCCCCUACAAGUACGAGCACAAUAAGGCUCAUGCACAAUUAGUUCGAGAAGUUGAUGUGGAGAAGGUGUCUGCUUUUGAGAAUCCCUACGUAGAUGCAAUAAAGAGUUUAUGGAAUGAUCCUGGAAUCCAGGAAUGCUAUGAUAGACGAAGAGAAUAUCAAUUAUCUGACUCUACCAAAUACUAUCUUAAUGACUUGGACCGUGUUGCCGACCCUGCCUACCUGCCUACGCAACAAGAUGUGCUUAGAGUUCGAGUCCCCACCACAGGGAUCAUCGAAUACCCCUUUGACUUACAAAGUGUCAUUUUCAGAAUGGUCGAUGUAGGGGGCCAAAGGUCAGAGAGAAGAAAAUGGAUACACUGCUUUGAAAAUGUCACCUCUAUCAUGUUUCUAGUAGCGCUUAGUGAAUAUGAUCAAGUUCUCGUGGAAUCCGACAAUGAGAACCGAAUGGAGGAAAGCAAAGCCCUCUUUAGAACAAUUAUCACAUAUCCCUGGUUCCAGAACUCCUCAGUUAUUCUGUUCUUAAACAAGAAAGAUCUUCUAGAGGAGAAAAUUAUGUAUUCCCACCUAGUUGACUACUUCCCGGAAUAUGAUGGACCCCAGAGGGAUGCCCAGGCAGCUCGAGAAUUCAUCCUGAAGAUGUUCGUGGACCUGAACCCGGACAGUGACAAAAUCAUCUACUCCCACUUCACGUGCGCCACCGACACCGAGAACAUCCGCUUUGUCUUCGCUGCCGUCAAGGACACCAUCCUCCAGCUGAACCUGAAGGAGUACAAUCUGGUCUAAUUGUGCCUCCUCGAUGCCGCCCUUCCCUUCCUUGGCGGGCUCUCGAAGCUGUACAAGAGGGACUGUAUUUCUGUGGAAAGCAAUUUGCAUAAUACUAAUUUAUUGCCGUCCUGGACUCUGUGUGAGCGUGUCCACAGAGUUUAUAGUAAAUAUUAUGAUUUUAUUUAACUAUUCAGAGGAAAAGCAGAAUGCUGAAGUACAGUCCCAGCACAUUUCCUCUCUCUCUCUCUCUCUCUUUUUUUUUUUUUAGGCAAAACCUCGUGACUCAAUGUAUUUUAAAUUCUCAGUCAUGCACUCACAAAGAUUAAGGGUUGAUUCGUUGUUUCCCUCUCCCUUUCUGUCCCUUUCUUUUCCCCUCUCCCCUCUUCCCUCCCUCCCCUCCCCCCCACUUUCUCCUAUUUAGCAAAUUGAAGCUGAUUUCCGGUUUCCUAACCCAUACCUCCCUCCUGAGUUUUCCCAGGUUACAAUGGCCUUUAUCCUAGUUCCAUCCUUGGUCAGGUUUUUCUCUCGAAUGAAACAGUUCAGGAUGACAUCAUUCGAUUUAAGCCAUUAACAUCAGCUUAGUUGAACAGUUUGUAGUUUUUUGCUGAAGGAGUAUAAGUAUUAAUACUAUGGUUUUAAAUGUAUUGCUCUGGAUACACAUAUAGAGGUUUUUAUAUAAGUAUAUUGUCUUGCCUCACUUUGGCCUGGAUGCCUGUCUAACAGUUAAGUGUCAUUCCUUUUGGAUUCCUGCCUUCAGCCACAGGGUGGCUGCUCAGACGUGUAGACGUCAGUGAGGCGAGGGCAGAGACUCGCGGAAGGAGUCCUUUCUUUUGAAAUGCCAUGUGCCAUCAUCCUUCCUCCUUUCCUUGCUUUUUCUUUUUUCACCCUCUCUUCUUUAAAUCGCAGAUGCCAAAAAGAAAAAAAAGAGGAAAAAAAAAAAUGCCAACAGACACUACAUUUCCCCUAGUGGCUGCUACCCAGGGCCUUUUCAUAGGUUGCUCUUAAUUUUUUUCCCCCUGGUUAGGAUUUUCCCUCCUUUUUUUUUUUUUUUUCUGAGUGUGUGGGCCACAGUUUUUAGAUGAUUUUUAUUAUAGGUCUGUAUUGCCAAAGCUGGCUUUUUGUAAAACAGAAUAAGAACUUGAAUGAUAAAAGCCAGUAUCUUAAAAAUGCAAGAGAAUAAGACUGUGAAGCCUCAAAUGAUUGGCUGAGAAUGAACCUGAAACACCAAUUGCCAAACAAUUGGUAACUGUACAUUUGAUUCUCACGGUCCAUUCUUUUUAGUUCUUACUGUCGAGUCUCCACGUUCCACGUCGAGUGUCCAGACCGGCAAUGUGGAAGAGUGUCCUCUGUGAUGCAAUGUGACAUUUGCUUGUGUCUCUUCAUUUGAAGCCAGUUGUACUCUUUCUGUUCUUUAAGGUCCAGUAAGGUCUGCCAAGAACACUGAUUGAUAGUAUUAUUCUGACACCUUUCAUUUGCAAAAUAUGAAGCUACGGCUUGUUGACCACCUUUGGAUCUUUUUAAACUGGUGACUGGUUAAGUAGAACUUAAGGAAGAUUUGUGGACUAAACUCAAAAGUAGCCUCUCACUGUUCUGCAGAACACGUGUUUAUGUAACUGAACCUGCUUGGAGAGAGAUCUGGCGUUCUCUGUGUGCCAUUUCCAACAAACGCAAAAAAAUUGAUGAGCUCUCACGUCAAGCGGCGUGAGUUGAAAUAGGAUUUAAGAAAAUAAAUCCCGAUUGUUUUAAACCUGCUGGGAAGUUAGAAUGAGGCCAUGACGCGGGUCUCAUUUUAACGAUAAUGCUAUUUGGCACAAGUCUGAACUUCCAUGGAAAUCACUCUCUUGACACAGCAGUGGGGAGGGAGAAAAUGGUUGGCUUAUUAGAUGAGGACCAGAGUUACUACUAACUGGUAAUGCAGUGUUCUCACUCUCUCUCUCCCAGCCUCAAACGACACAGGUUUUGUUUUGUUUUUUUCCUUGCUCAGAAAGCACCUGUAAUUUAAUCAAGAAACAGACUGCCUGUAAGUAUAGUGCAAUUAUGAAUGCUCUAAUCAUUGUACAUACAUCUCUCUCUCAAUAUCAGCAUCCAUACUGGCUUUGUGAUCAUUAAUUGUUUUGGCAGAUUGAAUGUGCUGUAUUGAUAUGUAUCUAUGUAAUUGUAUGUCUUAUAGCUAAUUCACAUUUUGAAUAAUGUUAUUUUAUUUACUUUUUUAAGAGAGGAGAAUGUAAAUUUGUCAGUUUAUUUCUGACUAGGGAUAUUUUUUUUUUUUCCAUUUAGAAAAGAAGAAAAAAAAAAAAAAACCUUACUCUCGUACAGAGCGGUACUAGCAUCGUGCUGUAUAAAAUCAUUUGCACAUUCCUGAGUAGAGGUAUACUGAUUAUAAGACCCAAAGGUAAUUUCAUAGCAAAAUACAUUAAAUCAGUUGGAGCUUUUAUACAAACAUGGAAAACAACUUUGUAGAACUUUUGCCAUUUACAUAGGAUUGGAAUAUGAGCUUUUAUACAAUUCCUAUUCUUAUUUGGCAAAUGCACAGUUUAGUAUUACCUCUCUGGUGGCCUUUAUUAGAAAGGCAGCUUUAGAAGCUAUUGUGAUCCACUAAGGAAAUGUUUUAACAGCUAGAGACCACUGCUUGCCUGAAAGGGCGAUCUUAAAUUUGGUGCAGCAAAAAAAUAAAAUAAAACAAAAAAGAA